AAUAAACUUUAUUCGUUUUUUAUUGUUUCCAGGAGUUAAAAACAUUCUACAUGCUGACAGUAACUGUGAUAUUUGGUGUGGCGAUGGCGCUGCAAAUUCCGCGAUUUAACGUGCCCUAUGCUGUCAAGAUGUGCGUCUUCAUCGGCUGGGCGGCGUACGGCGUCCUGCCCACUUUACACUGGACCUACGUUAUGGGGGGAUUCGAUAAUCCAAUGGUUCAGAUGUUCUUCCCAAGAGUGAUCGGAAUGUAUGUUAUCAGUGGUACUGCUUUUGCAAUUUAUGCCUUUAAGGUCCCAGAGCGGUGGUUCCCUGGUAAGGUAGACUACAUCGGCCAUUCACACCAAUGGUGGCAUGUUUUAGUACUCGGUGCAUUGUACUACUGGCACAAUUCGGCUAUGAUUUACGUCCAGUAUAGGAUGAACCAC